AUGCAUGAAAUUGUUACUCUUCAGCUUGGCCAGAGGGCUAACUAUUUAGCGACACAUUUCUGGAAUCUGCAGGAAUCAUACUUCACAUACAACGAUGCAGAACAGUCUGACAUUGAUCAUGACGUUCACUUCCGACCAGGUGUUGGCGCAGAUGGCUCCGAGACUUACACUCCGCGCACAGUAAUCUACGAUCUGAAGGGCGGGUUCGGCACGUUGCGCAGAUAUAAUGCACUUUACGAGUUGACGGAAGACUCCACAGCCGGCCAAGGCUUAUGGGACGGAAAAGAGAUUAUCCAAAAGCAGAAUCCGAUUCAGCAGAGUGAAUAUCAGAAAAGCUUGGAUUUAGGCACUCCCGCCCCCCGCUUAACCUCAGAGUCCGUACGCUACUGGUCAGAUUAUAACCGAGUGUACUAUCAUCCCAGGUCCAUUGUUCAAUUGAAUGAAUACGAACUGAACUCACAAACCAUGCCUUUCGAGGAUUGGAAUGUUGGCGAAGAACUGUUCAAAGACCUUGACAAGGAGCACGACCUGCUGGAUCGUGAUCUGAGACCUCUCCUUGAAAAAUGUGAUCAUUUGCGGGCACUCCAACUGUUCUCCGGGUCAGAUGAUGCCUGGGGCGGAUUCGCAGCCCAAUAUAUGGAAAGAUUGAGAGAUGAGUUUGGAAAGAAAAGUAUCUGGUUCUGGGCUAUCGAAGACGGCACCAGGACACAGCGGCAACACCAGUCCAAGAAGGAUACGAACAAGGCGAGGUCGCUUUACUCGAUCGUCCCACAGGCCUCGCUAUAUGCCCCAAUCAUCGACCUUCCCAAGAAGACGCCUGACUACCUCAAUGUUGAUCGCCAAUCAGAAUGGCAGAAGACUGCCCUGAUAGCGUCAGCCAUCGAAUCAGUCACACUGCCUUCCCGACUGCGGCCAUAUCAGCAUUUUGAGGCAUCCCUCGCGGGAGAAGAUGGCACGCACACCAUUUUCGAAUUGCAGUCUUCCAUUAAUAAGAAUACAAUCGGUGAUGGGCAUCACAAAGAACCCUCCAGCGAAGACGAGCCGCUAAAAGCCAAGACUGAAUUUGACAUUGACUUCGCCUAUGAUGGCGAGUACAGCGACGGCGCUCAUAUCUUCAACCAAGUCCAAGUAACGCGAGGCGAUGAAAUGGAAAGGAGCAGCGAGUCCGCAGAGGACAGGGACAUUGGACACAUUCGCAAAGUCAGGCGUUACAACUCCGAAUCAAUGCUUCAGAGUUUCCACGCGCCACUCAGACUGCCUAUCCUUGACAGCUUCCCACAUGACAUGUUCCCCAACCCCGACGCAGGUACUGGGGUGAACGUGUUUAGCGCACUGACGGCCUCAACACGAACAUCUCAGAAAAUUAAGGCUCUGGCGGCAACUGCUGCUCGCUCGCUCUCAGUCGAUGAGCGUGAGGCUUUGGUGAAUGGACUCGGCGAGAUCCGAGAAUUCUACGAGACAGGGUGGAGCAGUGGCUCGGACGAUGAAGACGAUUAG